AUGCCUUCUUACGUUGCAACCUCUGUGUUUGCCUGUUCUAUUUCUUUAUUUCCAGGAACUUCAUCAGUUUCUUCUUCAUAUUCAUACCUGUGCUUACCGUAUGGACUGGAGCUCUCUUUCUUUGGCACAUCAUCAUCGUCACCUUCAAUUUCGUUUACAACGUUGUUUCUGUAUUUGUCUCCAUCAUAUUUGAAAUUUCUCCAUGCCACCACACCUCGUUCUGAUGUACCUCUCUCUCUCUCUCUCUCUCUCUCUCUCUAUCUAUCUUAUCUAUAUGUUAUGGUCCAGUUUUGUUUUACCCGCAAAUACCGUUCCUAUAAAGUGACGCCCGAGUUCCGGGGCCCGAGUUCCGGGGCCCGAGUUCCGGGGCCCGAGUUCCGGGGCGGAGUUCCGGAGCCCGAGUUCCGAGUACCGGGACCCGACUUCCGGGGCCCGAGUUCCGGCGCCUGGGCCCUGGAUCAUCCGCCUACACCCACUUUCACGCCUGAUCUCUCUCUCUUUCUCUCUCUCUCUCUCUCUCUCUCUCUCUCUCUCUCUCUCUCUGCAUAG